UAUCCUCUCCAUUUAAUUUUUCUUUUAUUCCAUUUUUUCAUUAUUCUAUCAUCUGUUUUUCAAUCUUAGAAUCUCUGAAGUCUAUUGAGCCUCGUUUUUAUAAUUCUUCAUUUAUUAUUGCUUCCAUUGUUUUUUCAUUUUCGCAUGAGAUCUUAGAAAUCUUCAAUGGACCCAAUAAAACAGCUGUUUUACACUGAACAGUAUGAAAAACAAAACCGCAAUAUCAAAUUGGUUGAAGAAUUCAUUGCGCUUCCGAAGAAGAAAUCAGUCACAUCGAAAUUCUAUUCAAAAUACGAACGGGUGAGACCGGAAGAGGUGCCCGUAGAGUACAUAAAAUUGAUCGAAAAGUUCACAGAGUCAGUACCUCGGAAUAUUUACGAUUAUCAACCACCAAUGAUGAAUAUGGACUACGGAUGGUUCAACAAACCAUUAAUCCCUAAUUCUACAGAUUCAAGACUUCAUUUCCCUCUCAAACAAUGUGAAGUGGUCAAAACUGAAAUUAGGAUUAGGGAGACUGAUAAAGGAUUACCUAGAGAGAAAUUCGUUGGAGUGCCAUUUUAUCUCUAAUAAGGAAUGAGAAUGUUUAAAUAUUCUAUUUAAAAUCGAACGUGUCACAAAUCGAUACGGUCAAAUAAAAUGAAUUAUCUCAUGGA